GAGCCUCAGAUAUUGUGAGACUUGCUUCUUCUCUUUCCUCAGAUCAGACACAAAUCAGAACAACAAACACACGCAAACAAACAACAAGCCUUUUAUGAAAUCUUUCGCUCGCACUCUUACAAGAGUAAGACCGCAACGAACCAUCAAGCCUAAAUACCUUAAACCAAACAACACUUCAAUUUCACCUGUUAACAACUUCCACACUACUACCAAAAUGUCGGUAUUCGGACCUCGAUUCUACUCUUCUCCCGAGCCCAACUUCACCGGCCUCUUCCGACUAAUUGACGACUUCGACCGCUACGCCGGACAGAGCGAGAACGGCGGAACUACUCAACAAACCGGUCGUCAUGGUCGUCACCUACCGACCUUCACUCCCAAGUUCGACUUGAAGGAGACCGAGAACACCUACGAGCUCCACGGAGAACUGCCAGGCAUUGAGAAAGACCAAAUCAACAUCGAGUUCACCGACCCGCAGACCAUUGUUAUCCGCGGUCGCGUUGAGCGCUCCUACACCUCCGGCACACCUCCAGCCGGUCUCCUCGAGAAGGGCCAGGAUCAGUCGAAGGGCGCUAUUGCCGACGCCCCUAAGGAGCAACACCACAAGCCCACAGUUGAAGAUGCUCCCGAGGGCGGCAAGACUGACACCACCGUCGCCGAGACCAACAAGAACAAGGCGGCGGCCGAGCAGUCCAAGCAGCAACCCCAGCACAAAUUCUGGGUCUCGGAGCGCAGCGUCGGCGAGUUCUCCCGAACCUUUCAGUUCCCUACCCGCGUCGACACCGACAACGUCAAGGCCUCCCUUAACAACGGAAUCCUGAGCAUCGUGGUCCCCAAGGCCAAGAAGCCCGAGGGCCGCAAGGUCGUCAUCAACUAAGCGGAUUUACUGAUUUGAUCCGUUCCUUUCUUUGAUAUAUAAUUACCACUAAACUCUCCUUACACUCUUUUCUUACUGCACUACUCUCCUUUCUCUCGUUCAUGAAUACGACAUCACGUCUUCGGCAAGGAGUUUUCGGACGGCAUUGCGCAAUGGAGGAUUAGGUACAACGGAUGAAAAUUGAUUUGGCCGGUCUGGCGUCUGACAAUCAUUCUCGGGAAAAGUGAUUCGCGGAGGAUUUGUGAUUCCUGGUAGUUUUCCAUCGACCUAAUGAUGAGUUGUUUCUGCGGAGGAAGGUAAUGCAUUAUGCUAGGGCUUAUGGGUUAUAAUUGAUGAUAGCAUAUCGUUAAUAAAAGUUUUUGUUAAAAAAA